UUCCUGCAAAUUCACCGAUGGAUUCCACUCUAAAGACUUUUUUGCUCUACCAUGCAGUAGAUCUUAUUUUCUUGUUCCAACAUUGAACAUUCCAAAGGAAAUCAAAAGCCAAAAGGUUCUGAAACAGCUGGGAUGGAAUCAAUUGAAGAAGAGCAUUCACUCAACUAAAAUCAAAGCAGAAUCCAAGACUACCAUCCUCUGCACUCUCCCUCUUCCACCAUCCAAACUCAUCACUCUUCUUUUCUAUCUUUAAUUAUGUGUGUUGGACGAUGAACAAGAAAGCACCCAAUAUGCUCUGUUUGUAAUCUAGUCUUUUCUGGUGGAAUCCACAAACAAAAAGCGAUCACCUAACUUCUUCUUUUUCAUUUCUCUCCCUUUUCUGCGAAAACAAGAGCUCCCUGGACCCAUCCGUUGAUUACUCUGCCAUGAUUCUUGUUUUCUUGUUCCAAGGCUCCUCCUUGCAAGCUAGCUCUCAAUAUUGAUCAUUCUAGAGGAAAUCCAAAGCCAAAGUCCUUCUGGUACUGAAACCGGGUGGAAUAAACCAAAGCAAAGAAGACCCAUCACUUAAAUCAAAAGUCAAUCAAAGACCCAUCUCUUCAUUUAGCCUCUUCCACUCUAGAUUCAUCAAAAGGAGCAUUUGGAAGUAAAAUAAUCAUCACAACUCGAGAUGAAGAUAUUGGGAAGAUGAUGAAGGGAAAUGAUAAAGUUUACAGCUUAGAAUUGCUAGAGAAUGAUGCAUGUUUAUCAUUAUUUGCUCGUCAUGCACUGGGGGUAGAAAACUUUGAUGCAUACCCAAACCUCAAAGGAGUAGGUGAGAAAAUUGUUGAAAAGUGUAAAAGAUUGCCAUUGGCUAUAAAAACCCUUAGCGGCCUCUUGCGUGGUAAGCCACAUCUUCAUGAGUGGGAAUACAUAUUGAAGAGUAAGAUAUGGGAUUUACCAGAAGAUAGUAGUGACAUUCUUCCAGCUCUGAGAUUGAGCUAUAAUCACCUUCCUUCUCAUUUGAAGAGAUGCUUUGGCUAUUGUUCUAUAUUUCCUAAAGAUUAUGAAUUUGACGAGGGUGAGUUGGUUUUGCUAUGGAUGGCCGAAGGACUUUUGCAACAACAACCACAGGGACUGAAGCAAACAAAAGACCUUGGGCAUCGCCACUUUUGUGAUUUAUUGUCGAGGGCUUUUUUUCAACAAUCCAACAAAGAUGAGUCAUUGUUUGUGAUGCAUGACCUCAUGGCUGAUUUAGCCAUUCAUGUUGCUGGAGAAACAUAGGGAGUCAAUAUCCUAAACCUUGCAUGUGUUGAGAAGAUAAAAGUCAAGGAGUGUGAAGCGCUGGAUUCCUUGCCUGGUGAGAUAAUGAUGUUGCUGCGACUUGAAGAAUUAUCUAUUGCUCAAUGUCUUGCUUUCCGAAUGUUUCCAAGAGGCAAGUUACCCACCACGCUUAAAGUUCUGCGAAUUUGGGGAUGUGAAAAGCUAGAGUCUCUACCAGAAGGAAUAUUGAUAAAUAAUGGUGAUGCAUAUCAAGUGUCGCAACUUGAAGAAUUAGGGAUUGCCAAUUGUCCUUGUCUGAAAUCAUUUCCAAGUGGUCAGUUACCCAAUUCUUCUAAAUGGCUUUAUAUCAUUCAUUGCAAGCAAUUGGAGUCUCCACCUCAAAGGAUGCUGCAGUAUUGUACGGAACUUAAAGGGAUAAGUAUUUAUGGAGGUGAUAUGAAAAGUUUAUGUUUUGAGGACAUGCAUGGGCCCACUUCUUUAUCGAUACACGAUUGUGAUGGUUUGAAGUCAUUUACCCUAUCCAUCUCCAAUCUUAAACAGUUAUCCAUAUCAAACUGCAGGAAUCUCAAGUCUUUGCCUAACAAGAUGCACGACCUCACGUCUCUCAAUAGAUUAUAUAUAAGCAAUUGUCCAGGGAUCCAGUGCAUUUCAAACAAUGGGUUGCCUCUGAACUUAACACAGCUUGAAAUUUAUCGGUGUGUAGGAAUCGAGUCCAUUCCAGGCAGUGGUUUGUUUCCAAACCUAACAGAUCUUGAAAUUGUCGACUGUCCGAGGAUUGAGUCCAUUCCAGACUGUGGUUUUCCCCUAAACCUUAGAAGUCUUAUAAUUGAUUGCAAGAAUCUAAAGAAGCCGAUGAAGGAAUGGGGCCUUGGCAACCUCACCUCUCUUCUAUCCUUGCAGAUUUAUUGGAUAUGUCCUGAUCCUGAUGUGCUUUGCUCUUCUCUAACCAAACUGGUGGUGGGUAAGGUUAAAAAUAUGAAAUCCAUAGCUAGAGGGCUCCUUCAAAACCUCAACUCGCUUCAAGAUUUAACAAUUGAGGAUUGCCCAAAGCUGCAGUCUUUGCCAAAGGAAGGCCUACCUCCCUUGCUUGAACAACUCCGGAUUAAAAACUGCCCAUUACUAGAACGACGAUGCUUGGAGGAGAAAGGAGACUAUUGGCCUCUCAUAGCUCGCAUCCCCUACAUUGGAGUUCGGGAUGAUGAAAGCCACGGAAGUUCAGAGAUCAGAUAAAAACUUUGUUUAUGCUUCAAAACAGGAUGACAAUCAAAUGAAUUUAAAUCUAAAAAAAAAGCCCAAAGCACAAGACAGAGGAGAUCUUUGUAUUUCUUAAGCUUGACAUUUAUGUCAAUUGAAAAGAUGUUGGUUUUCUGGAGAUUGGAAAGUUGCAAUUCUUGUAAUCUGUCAAGACUCGUUGACUGCUCAAUAUAUAAAUAGCUGCUUAGUAUGAGAGUCAGCAACAUGUCAACCCAUUCGGUUCAUUUUUUGCUGUAAGUUUUAAUUCCUUUGAGUAUCGUUUCCUUGGAUUCAAUAUAAAUGUUUUAGUUAU